AUGAGGCGCUGGGCAGGGUUUCUCCUUGCCUUACUGCUGUCCGCGUGGACAGCAGCGGCAUUGGAAGUCAAGCUUGAUCAAGACGAUAACCAACGAUGUGCCGGCAUGUAUAGCAAAAGCUCAUGGGGCGGUCCCGUCGACCCCUUCAUCCACGUCAAGUUCACCGGCGUCGGUAAGGACGGGGGCGACGACCCGGUAGUCAGCCUGCUCAUCUUCGACUGGAUGGACCAGAGCUUCCUCGACGUGCUGCCCGACGGCGCUGACCGGGCCGCCAUCUGCCAGCCCGAGUUCGUCGAUGCCGGAUACUGCAACCAGACCGACAUUGGCAAGUUCCUCGUGGCCCCUAACGCCACCGAGCAAUCCGUCAACGUCAUCUUGACCGAGGCCGUCCACCUCAAGGACUCGAAGCCCAUCAAGUACCCCAUCGCCAAGACCGGCUACUUCUGCGUCGUCACUGAGAAGUUCGACGCCACCAACUACGAGGCCAUUAUCGAGUUCCGCAACGCGUACGGCGAGCUUCCGGCUACGCAGAUCCCCAAGCUGCCCUUCUACGGCGGCAUCACGCUUGCAUAUGCUCUGGUUUCAGUGUUCUGGGGGUUUUUGUACUUCCAACACAGGUCCGACAUACUGGCCGUGCAAAACUAUAUCACGGCCAUUCUCAUUUUCUUGGUCAUUGAGAUGCUCAUGACUUGGGGCUUCUACGACUACCUCAAUAGGAACGGAUCCAAUGUGGGAUCUCAAGUCCUGCUCGUCAUCGUCGCCAUCCUUAACGCGGCCCGCAACUCCUUUUCCUUCUUCCUCCUCCUAAUCGUCUGCAUGGGCUACGGCGUGGUCAAGCCGACCCUCGGCCGUACCAUGAUCUACGUCCGGUGGCUCGCCAUCGCCCACUUCGUCUUCGGUAUCGUCUACGCCAUCACCAGUCUCGUAGUCAACCCGGAUACCGCCGGCCCCUUCGUCCUCCUCAUCGUCUUCCCCUUAGCCGGCACGCUGACAGCCUUCUACGUCUGGACCCUUAACUCCCUCAGCUGGACGCUCAAGGACCUCCGCGAGCGCAAACAGCACGUCAAAGAGGCCAUGUACCGCAAACUAUGGUGGUGCAUCCUCAUCUCCAUCCUCGUCAUCUUCGCCUUCUUCUUCUUCAACUCCUUCACCUUCGCCUCGGCGCGCGACCCGGACUUCGUCCCCUUCCACUGGAAGACCCGCUGGUUCGUCCUCGACGGCUGGCUCAACAUUGUCUACUUUGGCGAUGUCGCCUUCAUCGCAUACGUCUGGCGGCCCACGGCCAAUAAUCGCCGUUUCGCCAUGAGUGAUGAGAUUGCUCAGGACGACGAUGGCACGUUUGAGAUUGCUAACCUCGAUAUUGGCAAUCCGGACGAGUCGGAUGACGAAGAUGAGGAGGCUAGAAUUGGCGGUAACAAGAAGCAGACGGGGAGCACAUUACCCGGCUUCGAAAACCAAAGCGGGUCGCAAUCACAGUCGCGCGGCUUCUCAGUGGCUGCCGCCGGUGCCGCUGCCGGUGCCGCCGCCGGUGCAGCGGCGUCGUCUUCGCAACCGGCGAGGGCGUCGCUGGAUAACGGGGAGACGAUAUUUGCUGUGGGAGAUGAUGGGAAGUUUUCUGAUGAGGAGGAGUCGGGGUCGGGGGAGUCGGAUGAUGACGAUGAUGAUGACGAUGAUGAUGAGGAGGAGGAUGAUAGUGAGGAGGAGUCGGCGCAGAUGGUUAAGGGGAAAAAGUAG